ACUGCAACAACCAAACAAUCAGAUUAUGAAUUUGCCAGAAGGGCAAAAUGUAUUGGAUAGGAUACGAGAAAUCCUAACGAAACGCAAAAGCAACUUCGUAUUUGAGUCAUGCCAAAGCAGAAAAUUUUGCCCAGAAUCGGUGCCCACCCAUCGAAUGGGAGUAACGAUGAGGAGCAUUCGGGGUCAAUCCUCUUGUGGACCUGGAUCAUACAAUGUUGACAUAGAAGACAACCUGAGAACCAAGCCCACGAGCAACAAGGGAUACACUCUUGGGGCUAGAACCACAAGCAACAAACCACCUCUUUCGCAGUCCAAGACCCCAGGUCCGGGCACAUAUGAAGCCACUUUAUCAGCAUUACAACCAAAAUCAUUUAGCUGGCGUCGUGAGGUGGAAGCAUGUCGCAAAAACAGAUGGAGUACUCCGGGUUGGAAGCUGCAGUUGCAACUGCGCACCUAAUCAAAUUCCUAGAAUCCUCGAUAAAUUUUUGAAGGUUUGCUUUCAAGUUAGUAUCCCGAUGCACGGCUCCGUAAAGUGGAAUAGGCCUUCGCUGGCCAAGCAUGGGGAAAGGAAACACGAGCAUCGGUUAUGCCUUUUCGUAUCACCUCCAGCACAUUCUGCACCGCAAAUACCUUAUGUGUUGCCAGAGACUCUGAAGGACAGAGGAUAGCAAGUAAUUGCGUAUGCUCUAACAACAAUGAUAUCCGUUAAGUUUUCGGAGACGCUAAAAAUGUAUAUCAGAGGUAAU